AUGAUAAAUAGGCGUGAUGAGCAUGGAAUGGGAGCUGAUGCAUUUGCGCUGAUGUUUGCGUCAUUUAUAAGCAAGGUGCAUAUGGAUGAUAUAGGAAGUAGUAGGAAGAGAUUAUUUGAGGUAGGAAAGCGGAUUGGAGAACGGAUAUCAGAUGACUUCUUUAUGUAUGCAAAGCCUGUGGAGGAGAUGGAUGUGGAGAAGGUGAUGGAGAGUGUGUCGAAAUGUUUUUUUCCGCUGUACUUUUCGUAUACACCGAGGGUUGAUGCAUGUUUUAUUACCUUGGAAGACUUUUGUGUGUUGAAGUACAGCAGGAAGACUGAUGAAUGCAUUGAGGUUCUGUGUGGGAUUUUGCAAGGAGUCUACUGCUGUGUUGUUAAGCAAGAUGUUGUGUUUGAAGUUGGUCUGAGGAAGAGUGAGUAUUGCAUUGCAGUGAGAACAGAGAAUGAAAGGAAGGAGCCUGUUAUUAUUGGAAUGAAUGGUAUUGAAUAA